AUGCCCCAAGAAGCGACUUCGAGGAGCGACAGCCCGGACAAGGGUGACUUAUCGUCGGCACAGACCAAGGAGGAGUCGGAUAACUCGGUUUUCGAUGGCGGAGGUGGCGGUGGUAGCGGCGGUGGCGGUCGUUCGGAGACCUCCAGUCAACCUAGUCACCGGAGUAGCCCGUCCUCUCAGUACAGCCCUAGCCAGAGCGUGAGCCCCAGCGCCAGCACGACGCACGUUACUCAACAACAGCAACCGCAAACUCCGCCGACACCGCCUAGACCCCGGGUACCUUCGGUGCCGCCUCACCUUCUGGCCCACCAUCAAUUUUGGUCGCAGAACAACGGUAUACAGGGAUUCGCCACGCAAAGGCUACUGAACGGGGUCAUCAGCAGUGCUGUUAACUAUGGACAGAACGUUGCAGUCGCGUCCACCAGUAGUACAAGUUUGAGUAGUAGCACGGGGAGCAGUGGGAAUGGGGCAACUUCCACGAGCAUUGGGGCAACUAGUACGGCUUCCUCGU